UGCACGCGACACCCGCCCCCGUCGCCGUUCAACGCGAGUGCGUGUGUGUGAACUUAUAACAAGCUUAUCUGUUGUAUAACCGAGAGCUACGGACAGUACAGUCAAGGUCAACGUUCAGCUAUUUGACACCUGUUGUGUAUAUAUAACGUACUACCGCACUAACAACGACGAUUGGACAGAAAUGUGUUUCAAUAAACGCCUGAUCAAACUGGCUGACUACUUCCGAUUACAAUCCAACAUGACUCGUUAGUGAGCAACUGAAAGCAUAGACAGUCGACAUGACAUGCAAUACCAAAAUCGUAAUCACGAAGCUACUAGUAUGCUUCCUCUUGUCUGGCGUAAGAGGAAGAUCAUGGGCCAGCCACCAUGACACUACCACCUCUACUACUCAAACUACACCCACCACUAGCCCGGCUCCAAAAAACUUUCACAAUGAUCCACUUGUCGUCGAGACUAAGAGUGGUCUCGUUAAAGGUUAUGCUAAAACGGUCAUGGGUCGUGAGGUACAUAUAUUUACCGGCAUACCAUUCGCAAAACCGCCUCUAGGUCCACUAAGGUUUCGAAAGCCAGUUCCAGUCGAACCAUGGCACGGUGUUCUAGAUGCCACCGCUAUGCCCAAUAGCUGCUAUCAAGAACGAUAUGAGUAUUUUCCUGGAUUUGAAGGUGAAGAGAUGUGGAAUCCUAACACCAAUAUAUCAGAGGAUUGUUUGUAUUUGAAUAUUUGGGUGCCUCAGCAUUUACGAGUGCGCCAUCACCAAGAUAAGCCUCUGGCUGAGAGGCCAAAAGUGCCGAUACUAGUGUGGAUUUACGGUGGAGGGUAUAUGAGUGGGACAGCAACCCUUGAUUUAUAUAAAGCUGAUAUUAUGGCAUCGUCAAGUGACGUUAUAGUGGCUUCCAUGCAGUACAGGGUGGGAGCAUUUGGAUUUUUAUACUUGAAUAAAUUCUUUUCGCCGGGCAGCGAAGAAGCGCCAGGUAAUAUGGGACUUUGGGAUCAGCAACUGGCAAUACGUUGGAUAAAAGACAAUGCGCGGGUAUUUGGUGGUGAUCCUGACUUGAUUACACUGUUUGGGGAGUCAGCUGGAGGAGGAAGCGUGAGCUUGCAUAUGCUUUCACCAGAGAUGAAGGGAUUGUUCAAGAGGGGUAUAUUACAGUCGGGAACCUUGAACGCACCAUGGAGUUGGAUGACAGGCGAACGCGCUCAAGAUAUUGGGAAAGUGUUAGUUGACGAUUGUAACUGUAACAGUAGUCUUCUGUCCGCUGAUCCGAGCCUAGUGAUGGAUUGUAUGAGAGGAGUAGAUGCAAAAACGAUUUCCGUGCAACAAUGGAAUUCAUAUACGGGAAUAUUAGGAUUUCCGUCAGCUCCGACUGUCGACGGCGUAUUUUUACCGAAAGACCCUGACACUAUGAUGAAGGAAGGUAGCAUCCACAACACUGAAGUGCUGCUCGGAAGUAAUCAAGAUGAAGGAACAUAUUUCUUGCUAUACGAUUUUCUCGAUUAUUUCGAAAAGGACGGACCGAGUUUUCUACAGAGGGAAAAAUUCUUAGAAAUCAUCAACACGAUUUUCAAGGACUUUUCUAAUAUCAAAAAAGAAGCAAUAAUUUUUCAAUAUACGGAUUGGGAAGAAAUAACCGACGGUUACCUGAACCAGAAGAUGAUUGCAGACAUAGUGAGCGAUUACUUCUUUGUGUGCCCCACUAAUUACUUCGCGGAGGUUCUGGCUGAAUCUGGCGUUGACGUGUUCUACUACUACUUUACACACCGCACAAGCACAAGCCUCUGGGGCGAGUGGAUGGGUGUGAUGCACGGGGACGAGAUGGAGUACGUGUUCGGGCACCCGCUCAACAUGUCUCUGCAGUACCACACCAGGGAGCGCGACUUGGCCGCUCACAUCAUGCAGUCUUUCACUAGAUUUGCUCUUACUGGCAAACCACAUAAGCCAGAAGAGAAGUGGCCGCUCUACUCUCGCGCGUCACCUCACUACUACACGUACACUGCCGACGGGACAAGCGGACCGGCGGGCCCACGCGGCCCGCGCGCAAGUGCCUGCGCCUUCUGGAACGACUUCCUGAACAGGCUCAACGAAUUGGAGCGUGUUCCCUGCGACGGGGCAGUGACUGGACCCUACAGCAGUGUGGCCGGUACUACUCUCCCGGUGGUCCUGCUCACAGCGCUCGCCACCACCGCUGCCCUCUAAAUAAAAAUACUAGAGAAGAAGUUGGUGAAACAGAAAAAAUGUGCUUCAAAUGUGUUUCAGAAAAAAAAAACGUUGUGUGUAACAAAAGUGGGUAAGAGAUUAGACGUUGUAAAUGGUGAACAAACAUAUUUCUUAUGGAGAUUGGAUAAUUGGAUAUUUUAUAGCUAAAAAGCAUUUUGGAUGAUAUUGGGAAUGACUGGCAAACGGAACUGAUUCUUGUAGAUUAAGGUCUUAGCAAAUGUACGCACUGGUUUUAAAUCAAGUUAAUUUCUGUAGGUAGUAUAAUUUCCAUUAAUAGUAACAUUCUAAUUUAGGUAGGUACACGAUGUUCCUUGUCUAGUUGUUUCGUCUGUUUGAUGUUGCAAAAAAUUAUUUUAAUCGUAAUUAAUAAUGAUAAUAUAUUAAAA